AUGGGAGAAACUGAGCUCUGCUUCCCGCAGCUCUUCAACACCUCCUGUUGGAAGCCGAAGCGUCCACUCAGCGAGACUGUGUUCAUUAACUCUCUGCUGUCCUUCAUCUCUCUGCUCACUGCUUCUCUCAACCUGCUCGUCAUUAUCUCCAUCUCCCACUUCAAGCAGCUCCACACUCCCACCAACCUCCUCCUAUUGUCUCUGGCUGUCUCAGAUUUCUUCGUGGGCCUCCUCAUGUCCUUUCAGAUUGUGCUCACCAACGGCUGCUGGUUUUUUGGUGACCCUAUGUGUGUCUUAUACAGCAGUUUAGAUUACAUCAUCACCUCGGCCUCAGUAGGAACCAUGGUACUCAUAUCAGUCGACCGCUAUGUGGCCAUUUGUGACCCUCUCCACUACUCCACUAAAGUCACUGUGAGAAGAGUUUCUGUCUGUAUUUCUCUCUGUUGGUCUUGUUCUUUUUUGUACAACAGCCUCAUUUUGAGAGAUAACCUCAUACAGCCGGGCCAGUUCAACUCCUGCUACGGAGAGUGUGUCGUGGUUAUUGACAACUUUAUAGGAACAGUUGAUACAAUUCUGACUUUUGUGGGGCCUGUUACUGUGAUCAUAGUCCUGUACAUGAGAGUGUUUGUGGUGGCUGUGUCUCAGGCCCGGGCCAUGCGCUCUCAGAUUGCUGUCAUAUUUCAACAUCAACAGACUGUGCGAGCUAAAAGAUCUGAGAUGAAAGCAGCCAGGACUCUGGGUGUAGUUGUUGUUGCGUUUCUCACAUGCCUUUGCCCAUAUUAUUGUUCCUCUCUUGCAGAUCAGAACAGCUUGUUCAGUGUUAUGUCUGUGGCCUUAGAGAUCUGGCUGUUCUAUCUGAAUUCCUGUCUCAACCCAGUGAUUUAUGCUUUUUGCUAUCCCUGGUUUAUAAAAUCUGUUCGGCUGAUUGUCACUUUGAAAAUAUUUCAGCCUCACUCCUGCCUGAUAGAUAUGUUCUCAAUCCUGGAUAACUCGGACUUCCUUCCACUUGUCGGUCCUCACUCCUCCUCAUUUGCCCCAUAG